AUGACGAAGUUUGAAGAAGAAAAUUCUACAAGUAAACAUCGUGAAAAUUUCAUCUCAACCAACGUCAUCGAAUUAUUUCGUAAGAGAAUUAGUAGCGACGCAUCUUUUAAAUUCGUCAUAUGGACUAGCAAGCAUCAUCCCAAUUUGCUUCUUCAGCUCAUGACUUCAUUAGAAAAUUCUCGACAUGAGUCGAUUUUGUGGUAA